AUGUUAUUUUCUAGAAGAACAUGGGAAGGUGGUCAAUACAAUAGGGAUGAAAAGAGUCGAUUGGAUGAUCUGUGUUUAGCAAUGGAGCUAGGAGCUGAUCACAUCGAUGUUGAGCUUCAGGGUGAGAAGAAGAAGAAAAUAAAACUGAAAAUUAUUGGGAUUGGGAAUUGGCCAAUGAGACAAAACCGAUAUGGGGUUUGUGUCUGGACUGUUGUGAUGUUGUGUGUUCUUCCUAUACUCGAUGCUUACACACUCAUCACAAGAUUCACAAGGGUUGGUGGUGAACUUUUUGGCAUGUUGAUUUCAGUGUUCUUUAUGCAAGAGGCUAUUAAGGGAGUUACUAGAGAUGUUCCUCCUGGUGUUCCUAGACGCCUUUUUUGUCCCCUUCCUUGGGAACCUAGAUCUUUGUCCCAUUGGACAGUCAUUAAGGUUCCAGCAGUUCAUAUUUUCACUGCUAUAAUACCAGCACUGAUGAUAGCAUCCUUGUACUUUUUUGACCAUAGUGUAGCUGCACAAAUGGCACAACAGAAAGAAUUCAAUCUUAAAAACCCUUCUGCUUACCAUUAUGACAUAUUGUUACUUGGAUUCAUGACUCUGAUUUGUGGUCUGGUUGGUAUCCCUCCAUCAAACGGUGUCCUCCCACAAUCACCCAUGCACACAAGGAGUCUCGCAACUCUUGAGAGACAGAUUAUGAAAAAGAAGAUGGUAAAGAUCGCAAAGGAGGGCAAGAAAAUGGAAGCAAGCAGCUUAGAAAUCUAUGGAAAAAUGCAUGUUGCUUUUGUUCAAAUGGAUCCUCAUCCACAAGUACUUUAG